GCUGGAACGUGGAAUCGCACCGACUCCGCGCAGCUUCAAUGUCACGGUGGUGGACGCCGGCAGACGUGGACGAUGAGAGGUUUUGACUCUCCAGCGUGUGCCCACGCGUUUGACGUCGGCGCGCCGCUUCCUCUUCCUCGUCUGGCGCGGCUGUCACCGCUGACAUGAUUGUCACGUGACAUCGCUGCUGCCAUGACAACAGCCACCCAGCCAUCCCGGUCAGUCACACUUCCAUGUUGUUGCAAAGCGACACGCAGGCUGCAAUGUUUCCUUCCUGACGGGGGCUUCCCGCGUUGCAAAAAGAACGCGCGCAACUCAUUUGGACACUUGUCUUAUUCUUGGCGUGCACCCUCCAUGCCUUCCCUUCCGUGCAAUUAGAGCGCAGACGAGGGAGGGAACAUUCCGGCUGCCUGUAGGUUUGACUGGAGGGGGGUGGAAUUAUAGGAGGGUGGGAGGGCUGUGUGAGGGAGGGGGCAUUUACAAACAGUGGCUGCGUCCAUCCCUCCCUCACUUCUUCAAGUCACCCCCCAGCUGAAAGGACUCAGCAGUCUUUCAAAGCAGGACUCUACUUUUAGACGCCUUUUAACACACUUUGUGGAUUGUAACAAGGGCUGAAAGUCCAGUCUCUCUGAUGAGCAUCAUGUCUGAAAAGUCACAUCCAUCUUGCAGCUUCUGAAUCAUGGGAAAUGUGGAGAGCCAGCACGGGGACCAUGCCUUCUAUGGCACAGAGCGUGGCUAUUUGUCACGUAAGCAUAUGUCACGGUCUCUUCGCAUCUCCAACAAGCAGUCCAGGCGCUGUCGGCAUGCCUCGUCAGGAACGAUAGAGCACAGGAACUCUGAGACCAGCACGCGCUCAAGCAGCACCCCCAGCAUCCCGCAGUCCCUGGCCGAAAAUGGUCUGGAGCCUUUCAAUGAGACCAACGUGCUGCCAGACUUUGGAAGCCCCAUUUGGGUGGACCGUGUGUCCAUGAACCUGAGGCCAAUGUCUUUCCACCACGACUUGGCCAGUCCCAUGGCACACGUCAACACCAUGUUGAUAACCCUCCCCGGGCCCACGGCGGAGGAAGUGCAAGACGAGGACUUGUACGCAGGUGAGGUUACGUACCUCCAGGACAUGCGGGACAGCUCCAAGGAGGCGGCCAGCUUCAAGAAGAAGCGAUCCAAGUCGGCGGACACGUGGCGAGAUGACAGCCUGGAGUUCUCCCUCUCGGACCUCAGCCAAGAACACCUGACCAGCACCGAGGAGAUGAUCACCCCGGGCAACGAGCGAGACUCGACCGAUUGCGAAGGCCUCCUGCAGUCCAGCCCCGCAGAUGAUCGAGCAAACUCUCUGGACGAACUGUACAACCAGAAGGCGCCCAGUCGCAGGCAACCCCACAGCCGGUACGCCAAACGGGCCGCCAUGGAGGGUGACAAUAAGAUGAUCUCGGAGGAGGAGGGCAACACCUACAGCGCCUACACCCUGCCAUGCCGGCGCUCCCAUUGUCUGUCUGAAGGCCUGAGCGGCCCCCAAGCAGCCGUGUGUGCCAGCAUGCAAGGCAGGAGGGCGCAGACCAUCCAGGAUGUCACAGUCGGUGAGGGCAGCGAGUACGAGGACAGCGGCAUUGAUGGGGUGACGGCCGAGGCUGACUCCCGCCGCUACAAGACCAUGUCCGCCUCCUUCUCUGUCUGCUCGGCGGCGGGCGGCAGCAUGUUUGCCGGCAGCGACAGUGGCAGCAGCAAUGGCGGCACAGGCAGUAGUAGCGGAGGCCCCGGCGAAUGCGUGCAGGGCGUCUACGAGAACUUCCGCCAGGAGCUGGAGAUGAGCUCCUGCCAGACGGAGAGCUUGGAGGAGGCAGCCCUGAGCGACGAGCAGAGCACCAUGAGCUCCGCCUACCAAUCGGACCCGUUGCUGGGCGCCACGCAGGGGAUGGUGCGCAAGGCGGGAAGGCUCGCCGUCAAGAAUUUCCUUGUGCACAAGAAGAACAAGAAAGUGGACUCGGCCACCAGACGCAAGUGGAAGAGCUACUGGGUGUCCCUUAAAGGCUGCACUUUGUUCUUCUACGAGACCGACGGCCGCUCGGGUAUAGACAACAACAGCAUCCCCAAGCACGCCAUCUGGGCGGAGAACAGUAUAGUCCAGGCGGUGCCCGAGCAUCCAAAAAAGGACUUUGUGUUCUGUCUCAGCAACUCGCUGGGAGAUGCCUUCUUGUUCCAGACGUGCAGCCAGACGGAGCUGGAGAACUGGAUCACGGCCAUCCACUCGGCGUGCGCCACUGCCGUGGCCCGCCAGCACCACCGUGAGGACACGGUGCGCCUGCUCCGCGCCGAGAUCAAGAAGCUAGAGCAGAAGAUCGACAUGGAUGAGAAGAUGAAGAAGAUGGGCGACAUGCAACUGUCGGCCGUCACUGAUGCCAAGAAGAGGAAGACCAUCCUGGACCAAAUCUUCCUAUGGGAGCAGAACCUGGAGCAGUUCCACAUGGAUCUGUUCCGCUUUCGGUGCUAUCUGGCCAGCCUGCAGGGCGGCGAGCUGCCCAACCCCAAGCGCCUCCUGGCCUUCGCCUCUCGCCCCACCAAGCUGGCCAUGGGACGGCUGGGGAUAUUCUCUGUCUCGUCCUUCCACGCCCUGGUGGCAGCUCGCAUGGAGACGGGCGUGAGGCGGAGAGCGCACGCCAUGUCCCGCUCAUGCAGCAAGCGCAAGAGCCGCUUCUCCUCGCUCUGGGGUCUGGACACCACGUCCAAAAAGAAGACGAAAGCUCACCCCAGCAUCAACCAGGUGUUUGCUGAUGGGGAAGUGCUUCUGAAAAGGCCUGCAGAUGGAACAUACACUGACUCUGCCAAGGAGCACCAGACCAGCGAGGAGGAAUCUGGUAAGGGUCUUCCACGGCCCAGCACGGAAAGUGACAUCUGGGUCCCCGACCACCUCACCCCAUCCUGGGUGUGUCUGCCAAACGACCAGCCGGUCCUGACCAUCAUCCAACCUGGAGAGUCGGCACUGUGCGUGCUGGAAACCAUAUGCAAGGCUCACCAGCUGGAUCCCACCAAGCACUACUUGCGUCUUAAAUUCCUCAUUGACAGCCAAGUCCAGUUCUACAUCCCCAAACCAGAGGAGGACAUUUGUGACCUGCUUUACAAGGAAGUUGAGCUCUGCUCCAAGAUAACAAAAGUGGUCCAGUUUGACAGAGACGAGUCCUGCAUGAUCGGUUAUGGUUUCUCCAUCUCUGUGGUGGAGGAGGACCGAGUGCAACAGCUUUACAUCACAGACGUGAGGGCGGGCGGAUUGGCCUUCGCUAAAGGUCUGAACGCAGGCGACGAGAUACUGGAGCUGAACGGGAAGGAAGCCCACAGUCUCAACUUCUCCGACAUGAAGGCGGCGUUCUCCCGGUCGUCCCUGGCGCUGACCGUCAACACGUUGCCUCCCGUGGACCGCCGUCAGCUCUGCUUCCUUCCGCCACGACGCUCUGACGUGGAGGAAGACCUUUACACGGACAUCUUCUCUCAGAGUCAAGAAGAUAUCCUUGACGAUGGCGUAGGGCUGCUGCUUGAGAGUUCUGGAGACAGCUUGGAUGAUGACUUGGAGAUCUUCGGUCAGUUUGACAAGUGCAGAAAGCCCAGGAAGCGCUCCUCAGACUCGGUCUUUGACAUGCUUCAUCUGAAUACAGAGCAGGUGGCCGCUUUCUGCCGCAGCCUCCAUGACAUGAAUCCCCCGGAGUGCGUGUCCUCCUCGCCCAGCCCGGAUUCAUCCUUCCCGCCGCCCGUCGCCGCUCUCCGGCAGCUCUCGGACGCCGACAAGCUCCGCAAAGUCAUCAGCGAGCUGGUGGAGACGGAGCGCACCUACGUCAAAGACCUCAACUGCCUGAUUGGGCGAUAUCUCAGUCCGCUGCAGAAAGAGACCUUUCUGACUCAGGAUGAGCUGGAUGUUCUCUUUGGGAAUUUGCCAGAAAUGGUUGAGUUCCAGGUGGAGUUUCUCAAGACCCUGGAAGACGGAACCAGACUGGUUCCAGAUCUGGAGAAGCUGGAGAGAGUGGAGCAGUUUAAGAAAAUCCUCUUCUCCCUGGGGGGCUCCUUCCUCUACUACGCAGACCGCUUUAAGAUCUACAGUGCCUUCUGCGCCAGCCACACCAAAGUCCCAAAGGUCCUGGUCAAGGCCAAAAGCGACCCCGACUUCAAGGCCUUCCUGGACGAGCGCAAUCCCAAGCAGCAGCAUUCGUCCACGCUGGAGUCGUACCUGAUCAAGCCCAUCCAGCGGGUGCUCAAGUAUCCUCUCCUGCUCAAGGAGCUCUACUCGCUCACCGACCCGGACAGCGAGGAGCACUACCACCUGGACGUCGCCAUGAAAGCCAUGAACAAAGUGGCCAGCCACAUCAACGAGAUGCAGAAGAUCCACGAGGAGUUUGGCGCCGUGUUCGACCAGCUCAUCACCGAGCAGAGCGGCGACAAGAAGGAGGUGGCUGACUUGUCCAUGGGCGACUUGCUGCUCCACACCAGCGUGACCUGGAUCAACCCGCCCGUGUCCUUAGGAAAGUGGAAGAAGGAGCCCCAGAUGGCCACUUUUGUCUUCAAAACGGCGGUUGUCUUUGUGUGCAAGGACGGGUCCAAACAGAAAAAGAAAAUGGGCGGCUCCCAUCGAGUGUCGAUGUCUUCCGAAGAGAAAGACCCCUUCCGAUACCGUCACAUGAUUCCCACAGACGCCCUCCAAGUCAGAUCUUUAGCUAACGCAGAUGUCGAGGGCACGUCUGUGUGCGAGAUCGUGCACACAAAGUCGGAGUCGGAGGGAAGGCCGGAGAGGGCGUUCCAGCUGUGUUGCAGCUGUCCAGAGAGCCGCAAAGACUUCCUGAAAACGGUGCAUUCCAUCCUGCGGGAGAAGCACCGGCGGCAGCUGCUCAAGACGGAGAGUUUGCCCCUCAGCCAGCAGUACGUGCCCUUCGGAGGCAAGCGCCUGUGUGCGCUGAAGGGCGCCCGUCCCGUCAUCAACCGAGCAGCGUCUGCACCAACGAGGACGCUGGGACGGAGGAAGCUGGUGCGCAACCGCUUCACCAUCGACACCGACAUCGUUUUCGACGGCGAGCCCGAGCGGGACCUCGCUUCGCCGCCUCAGGAGGGCGACGGGUCAGAGGCCCGGCGAGACCGGCGGCAGGCGUCGGAGGAAUCCGGUGACACGGACCGCUGGGUGGAAGAACAGUUUGACCUCAAAGAAUACGAAGACCCCGAGGAGGUCAAGGAGACGGACAUCCUGAGCGACGAGGACGACGAGUUGGGACGCAGCGCCCGUGCGCCCACGGGGGUCGACCUUGAUGCUUCUGUGGCGUCACUGUCUCUGGAGGGCGAGGAAGGGGAGGGAAGCGAGCCGCUCGCGUCCCCGGCAGUCAGCGAGCCCCCUGAGGGCGGGCACCUGAAAGGCGGCGACAGCGUGUGGGUGCGGCGGGAGCAUCCGGAAUGCUCAUCAGACUGAAGCGCAUCUCCAGCCGCUUUUGACGACCUCCGUGGCGAUGAGCGACGCUCGGGUGUUGGCUUACCGGAUGCUUUUUGGAGACAGUGAGGAAAAUGCUGACUCAUCAUUUGGACAUGAACUACUAAUAGUACAAUCAUAGAAUCUAAUCAUGACUGGCAUGGUUUGCACACUAGGGCGGCGCUCUGCAGCCCCGCCUGCUGUUGCCAAAUGGAUAUGUUUUCUUUGUGUGACCUUGACAACCUUCAAUUUGUCCUUCCAGACAUGGAAUAAAUAAUAGCAAAGGCUCUUGUCUUGCAUAGUUUACGGAGAUAUUGUCAAAUAUUUAGUUUUACAGCUUUUUAGCCUGCUUUUGUUGCGCUUAAUAGUAUUUUUUUGUAACAAUUUGUGGCAGAGGCUAGGAGAAUCUUCAUGUUAACUUAACAUAAUCCUGUUUUACUUGAAUAUUCUUUCAUGUUUUACUGUGAAACCUUUUUGUUUUGCUUCUCAGUAUCGCCUUUCAAGGAACAGUCAUUUAUGAUAUUUAACUUUAGUCUCGUACACGCUCCAGUGGCGGGAAUUUGCACAUCAGCUGUUUAAAAAAAAUGGUUUAAAAUCACUGGAUUACAAAACAAGGUUUUGUUUUUUUUUCAAAAUAUAUAUAUAUAUAUAUUAUUUAUUGAUUUGUAAAUGUAUUUGUUAGCAAGAAUAAUUGCUUUUUAUAGGACGGUCCAAAUGUGUUUAAGCAAUCACAGGGGGAAAGAUUGUAGUCCAAAUGUGAUAAAAUAAUUGUGCUACUGAGACUGCAUUUUUAUUAUUGUUAUUAUUAUUACUGUGGCUGUACAUAGAAAAUGUAUUGCUAUCAUAAUAAAGACAGUUGUU